GACAACCAGAUGCGUUAGAACUAGCACUCUCUCUUGUCCAGGAAAUACGCAUACAAAUACACAUUUAAAAUUCAGUAAUAUUUAUAUACAGAUGUAUGGUAGAUUAGUGGCUGUAAAAAUACGUUUAUUUUAAGGUCCAUUCAGGUGAUUUCAGCUUCCUUCACAGCGGAAGAAUAUUUGCGUCGUUUUAACGUGCGAUCUAAUUUCUUAUGUACUGGACUCAAGCAUGGAGGAUACUGAAGCCAUGGACAGCAGACCACCACUGGCAGCCCUGUCUCCCUCUCGGCAGAACACUGAAGCUGCUGGAGAUGUGGAUUUCUCCAAACUUACUCCUUCACAGUUUGGCAUAUCAACAGACAGCUUCUUAUCGUCAUCCCAGAUUAAAGAUAAGUCCAGAGUGGCUCAACUGAAGUCUAGGAGGAGAUCCACGAUUGGGGUCCGGGGAUCUCCAGAAACGAACUCUCUUAUCUGCUUCAGAGCCAGACAAGCUGCAAAAACACCUCCUCGAACACCACAGCUUUUGCAGGGGAGUCCGUUUCUUUUACGCUGUGACUCUCUGAAGAAGAAGAUGGCUGCUUUCCAGUGUCUGAUGGAGGAGGAGGACGAAGAGGACGAACAGAAGAAAAAUGAGGAGAAUGGGAGUGCGAAAAAUACUUUGGCUAAAUAUUCUAGGAACGGAAAGGAGAACACGCUGACUAAGCAAAGUCAGUUCACUUCGAUGACGCCGCCUCCCUCUAAGAAACGCUGCUGGGCCCCACCAGUGGAGUGUGAGGACAAGAUUACUGAGACGCCACUCCCCUACCCCACUUUCACAAUACAACAGGAGCAAGGGGUGAAAUGCUCUGAGUCUCAAAACCAGAGGUCUCUAUCUGGUGUGGAUUCAGAUGCAAAGAAUGAGCUUUUGUCUUUACCCAUGCUGUCAAAACCAGAUGUUAAGCCAGCAGAUGAUAACAUGGGCUCCUCUAUGCGCAAGAAGAAGCAGGUUCGUUUUGGGGCACCGCUCUCUCCAGAGUUCUUUGACAAAACCCUCCCUCCCAGUACCCCACUGCAAAAAGGAGGCACCCCAAUGUGUCCUCCAUCAUCUACGGGACUUAAACGCUCUCUGCUGAAGACCCCUCAACGAUGUGAUGCCCCUCUUCCCCAACCUGACUUCAACAGUCCCCAGUUCAAUGGAGCCUCUCCUGUCCUUGUUAUCAACAGACGCAGUGCUGGACUGUUGUACAGUGAUGAAGUAUUUGAAGAGAUCGAGAAGAUAAGUUUUCCCAGUAUGGAGGAAGAGUCUCCCUCACACAAGCCUUCAAAGAACUGCAAGGAUGUACUCUCUGCUGAGGACCCACGGCAGCCUCAGGCGGAAGACUCAGAAGUUAUGAACGCUGCUUUUCAAGAGGAAGAUGAUGAACCUUCAAAUUCACAGACAGAGGAAAAACUGCCAUGUCCCACUAGUGAUCAGCCACUGGCUCUCUCCGUCUCCACAGUAGAGGUGGACCAGGAGUCAGAGUCUUCUGCCAUCUCUGAAAAGACACUUUCAUCCAACUCCAGCACUGAACCAACUCGCUCUCGCAAUAGAAAAAGAAAGCAACCGGGGGAGAUUGAGCCUGAGAAAAGGAGAAGCUCGCGUACUGCAGCAGCUUCUGCUUCAGGAAAGAUGAAGAAGUCGUCAGGAGUAAAUAAACGAUUUGGCAAUAAGGUGGAUCGUUCUCUGUACGGGAAAAGAGACUAUGCUUCAAAAAACCCUCUGCUCAGCCCCAUAUUUGAGACCAUGUCUACCAGUCUCAGCAACACACCAACACAAACCCAAUCAGGAAAGCUAACAGAUGGAGAGCAAGACUGCAUUCAGACACCCAACCUUCCCCAUAGCAAGACAGUUUGCCCCAUGGUAAUUCCGGGUACUCCCUGUUCACAGACCAAUGAGAACGAGCAAACGUUGAGCUCCUCUGUGACAGACACCACUGACAACCAACCAGAUUUGAACGCGGCUUAUUUGGAGCCCUCAGUCGGCACUCAGAGUCCCGCAGGAAGAGUAAACUCAGGGUCUAAGACUUCCAAGGCCAAACGAUACUCUGGGAGGCCUGAGCGCCAACGUCGUAGCUCAGGCGCAGCCAAGAGAAAGGAGCUCAGCAAUACAGCUAUUAACUCCACUACUGAAUCAGAUUAUGAAUUUGGGGAACAAGAUGCUGAGAGCCAAAAGCCAAAUCAAUCUGCAGGUUUGAGCCCAAUGUACCGAGACAGUAUUGAUUGGCCAGUGCGUCAUGAAGCUGAGUGCUCUAAGAACAAGGAAAUUGAGGCUUUGAACAGCUAUGUGCUACCAAAUGAAGACUCCAUAACCACUGAUAGGUUAGAGCAAAAGACACCAAGUAAUAGAAGACGUGGACGUGUCCACACGGUGCUGAACAGUCCUUGUGUAAAGGUCGAUGAGAGUGGUCAAUCAGAGCGAAUUACUGUUGGCAUGUCAGAGAGCAACGCUGGACCUAAAGAGCCCAGUUUGGCCCCCUGGCAGCAGGAUGACUUCAAUAUCGACGACAUCUUGAAACCUGUGGCGAAGAGUCGAGGGUCAGUGCGACGCAGCCUGAGGAACCGGAGGAGCGUGGACCUGCAGGCUGUGGGCCUGGCCUGGGUGGACCACACGUCCCCGGAGCUGAGUAAAGCGGCUCGGAGAAGGACGCGUGGAAGACUCAGCGGAGUGACGGAACCACUCUUCUUUCAGGCCUCUGAGGAACCAACACCAAACUUGGGAGAAUAACUGACCUCAAUCGUUUGUGUCAGUAGCGAUUUACUGUCGAAUAAACUUUUAAUGAAAAGUUUAGUCUUUUAUCUUAUAUGUAUUGUUUUAAAUUAAUUUUUUUUUUUAUGGAUGAAAAUUGCCUCUUAUUAAGAAGAUUGUAUAAUUGUUAGAUUACUUCUGCUCAUUAAAUCUUCAUUUAGAUGAAGGAUCCUGUUUGAAUGGGAUUUUCCCGCGGUGAUCAUUUUGUUUUACAUAAAUGCCUAUCCCAGGACAAC